AUAUAUCAUUGCAUGCUUUGUGGUGGAGUAUAUUACGUACCUUAUAUUGAUUCUCGGCAGAUGCGUUAAGCACUGAGUAGUUAGUUCAAACUUCAGGCACGAAGACAUUGUUGUUAGCGCUAAACAAGUGGAAAGCUAGCUGGCGCUAACCCGCUCAACUAGCCUGGCACUUGGUUGCAAAUAUUAGGACAGCUUUCAGCUACUAGCUGCUCAGUCUCGCAGGAUGGACUCGGAUAUCUUGAAUGUAGAGGACAUCGUGAUGGGACGGGGACUGCCAGAUCCAMCUCCAGAAGCUCCCCCAGAAAAGCCAGCAGAGCCAUACAAACCACUCAUCCUGAAUGGACCCCAGGCCACUGUUGUCCAACCCUACCAGCAUGAAAACCUGCAGUGUUUCCAGUGCUUYAUUACGUUCUGCAAUGCCAAAGCCAAGGAAAGGCACAUGAAGAAGAGUCAUCGGGAAGAGUACAAACAACAGCUGCAGCAGGGCAACACGCUGUUUACGUGCUACGUGUGCGAUCGCACAUUUCCGUCGUCGGAGGAGUUAACACAACACCAGCCAACUCACAGCAGUGACGACAAGCCCUUCAAAUGUGUUCACUGCAAGGAGAGCUUUAAAACAUUUUCAGAGCUUACAACCCACAGGAGACAGGUGUGUCCAGAGAGACARAUUGUUUGUAAAGAUUGCAACUCGGUCUUUCGUAGUCCCGGCCUGCUGCGGACUCAUCGCCUGACCCAGCACCCACGCCCGGACGAGGCCGCAGAACCGUCGGAGGACCCGGCAAAAACCCAUCGCUGCAAGAAGUGCGGACAGGGAUUUGAAGCCGAGUCAGAGCUGCUGGAGCACCAGGAGAAGUACCCCGAAGGGCAGCAGUGCAACGGCAGCGCUUCACCCAUCAAGAAACGUGGGCGGCCUCCCAAAACRGAAGACCCUGCCGGCGGUGAGAAAAAGGGGAAGAGGAAAAAGAAAGACGAGGCGGAGGAGGCCAGCAGCACGUCGGAGCCGGCGUCCACGCCUGCGGAAGAAAAAGGGAAAGCAGGCGGCGCAAAGCGUGGCCGUCCCCCUAAAGCAGCCCCAAAAUCCGAAACAGAAGAUCUAAGCGCAGAGGAUGACCCUCAGGGUCCGGCGAAGGAGAAAAAGCCYAAAGCUGAGCCCGCCGCGUCCCGUCAGCACCCCUGUUCUGAAUGCGAGCUGGCCUUCCCUGGCCUGGUUCAGCUCCGCGCUCACAAGAAAGAGAAGCACGCACCGCGGAAAGCCCACCCCUGUGAGGAGUGCGAGGAGAGCUUCGCCCGGCCCGAGCAGCUGGACGCCCACAUGUCGCGGGCUCACGCCGUCGGACGCUUCGCCUGUCCGACCUGCGGGAAGAGCUUCAGCCGCGAGCGCACCCUGAGCGCUCACCAGAAGAGCCACCCGGAGGAGAAACCUGAAACCCCGAGUGCAAAAAGAUAAUUAGGACAUGGGCACCCUGCAGAAAGUUUGUGCUUUUUCAACGUUUUUAGUCUGAGUUGCCCCCCAUUUUUAUUUUUAUUUUUAUUUUUAUUAUUUUUUUUGUUCCAGCUUUGAGAAUGAAGUUUUAAGAGGUUGUCUGAUUUGAAGCAGUUCGAUGAGUUGUUGAAAUUUCAGACACAUCUUGUAAAUUGACUAACCAGUCGUCAAACCAUCAACGUACACUGUCACCAGUCCGUUUAUUUUGUAAAACAAUUUCAGUUAUUUUUGUGUGAAAUGUGUGUGAUACGAUCUUAUUUGAUGUCUUGAGUUGAUUUAACUGAUUUUGUUGUUUAAAAAAGUAUUUUUAUUUUUAAACAAAUUGGAUAAUGACCUCAUUUGAACAAACUAGAUGCCUUGUAGAGAUGCCGUGUUCACGUUUUUAGCCAGUUUGUUAAAGAUGUGUGUACAGUUUCAGUUUUAUUUUUACUCUUAAUAUUUUUGAUUAAGUUACUUUCUAAAUUAAAUUUCACAGAUUUUUUUUUUAAAUAAGUCAAACUGCUGUUUAAAAAAAAGCAAAAAAAACAUAACAUUUGGCAAAGUGCUCCAGUUUCGAUACGGAGYGGUCGGCAUGUGGGCUGAAAAUAUCAACUUCAGUUCAUAUUUGUCUUAUGCUACAAUUUACUUCUUUAUAUUUUUCACUUGUUGAAGUAAAAUUUCAUGUCCUUAGCAUUUGUAAAAUGACUCUUAAAAUAACGCCCCUAUUAGAAACUGCAUAUCAUGUAUUUCACCUUUUAGAUUGUUUCUCUCCCCUACUGCAAUGGUUCUGGACACUGCUCAGAAAUGUAAUAAAUCAUGCUAUCCUGAAGGAGGCUACUGAGGAAA